UUGGUUAGUACACACUAGAGCUCGUGCUCUUCCGCGAAAAGAUUUGACAUGGUUAAAGUUCAUGUACUUGUAGUUGAAGUUGAUUCAGCUGAUAAGUUUUAAUCCUCCGGCGAAACAGUCAAGUUAUAAUAAUGUUGGUGGGUUAUUCCUUGACGAUUCUCUUGUUCUUGGCAAGCAGUGCAUCUGCGACGUGCAUAGGCGCUUGUACCUGUCCCGCCGUGGGCUCCGCCACUUACACACAUAUCAGUUGUUCUGGUUCCGGAUUGUCAGCCGGCACGCCUUUCGUAGGUCCCCCUCCUUCCUACGCUACACAUAUAGUACUUGUGAGUGCACCAAUCGUUGGCAACAACGUAUUCCAAGGCCUGACGAAUGUGACUAGUAUCAAUUUGGAACAUAACGGAAUACAGGCCCUAACCGCGGGCGUGUUCAGGGGCCUUGUCAAAUUAGAAGCUCUGUUUCUUCGCUAUAAUUCACUGACAACAUUGCCCAGUGGCAUUUUCCAGGAUCUUACAGCACUGGACGUAUUGGCUAUUCAUGAUAACCCAUGGAAUGCACUGCCUUCGGACCUGCUUGACAACACCAUCGCCUUGUCAAUACUGUUCCUCGGGAGGAAUCCAUCUGGAUCUCUUGCGCAACUGUCUCCAACUUUCUUUGCAAAUUCUUCGACUCUGAAAGUACUGUCCUUGCUGGAGAGCCAGCAAUCUGCCUUGUCACCACAGCUUUUUCAUAGCACUGUGAAGCUUGAGAAUGUGGGGUUGCUCGAUAACCCACUCACGGCGCUACCUCCCGACUUGUUUCGCUACACAUCACAACUGAACUCUGUGGACGCAUCUCGUUGCCAGCUGACUAGCAUACCAGCGCAGAUCUUUCAUCAUACUCCCAAACUCACCGUUCUUAGUCUCAGCAAUAAUCAAAUCACAGCUCUACCUCCCGACUUGCUGCUCCACACCACCAAGCUAACAAGCCUAGAUCUUAGCAGCAACCAACUGACCGUUCUUCCUGCGAGUCUAUUUUGGAACGUAAAACUAGAACAAUUCUCCGCUAGCGCCAAUACGCUAAGCUUGGAUAGUCGUAUGUGUUCGCUAGCCAAUGUCCUGAGAUCGUCUGUCGGAUUCAGUGGUGACCGAGGUUUGGAGUCCCAAGCUGUUGCAUAUGUCGAAACAACAUGGGGCGGGUGUCACAACGCAAACGUUCAGUGCCUAGCCAAUGCAUUGGUGACUGGCUUCUGCGCCUGUCCACUUGGAACUGCGUUCAACGGCACGGACUGCGUGCCUCGAAACGUGUGCAUGACGGCGCUACGGGAACGCGGCGCUGUGUGUGAGCAGUUUCCAACGUGCGACGACAACGUCACCACGCUACGAACAUGCCAAUGUCCGGAGGUGCUCACCAAAGAAGACGGUACGCCUUUCCCGUGCGAAGCGUCCUUUCUCUCCAAGGAUUUUUUCUACAACUUCCAGCCCGGAGCUGUGGUGGAGCUCACAGCCACAACAACCACAUGGAUGUGUCGAACUGGAUUCAAACAAGCCGGCACAUGGUGCAGGGACGAGGAUGAAUGCCUGACACCGUAUGUCUGUGAGCGGUACGAGGACUGUGUGAACACGUAUGGGUCAUUCUACUGCAAGACCAAACCGCUGGGUCUAUGUCCAGCUGAGAACCUCACUGAUCCACUUCACGGUGUGAUUGAGUGGCCGGCCACACUGGCCUACUUCAAUGCAUCUGUGCCCUGUCCCGGAGAGGCGGAAAACGUCACCAUGUUUAUGGCAACUAGAGACUGUGAGGUCUUCAAUGAUAACUCAACGCACCCCUCGUGGGCCACAUACACGAACACGACGGAGUGUCCGUUCUCGUCCCUUCGAACACAGUUGCUCAACGAUCUAGCAAAGGUCUCGUUCCGUGCAGACGAUCCCCAAGGCAUGCUGUCAGCGAGUGCUACACUGAACAACUUGACAGGCAAAUCGUCAGAGCUCAGCUCUGCAGACGUGGACUUGGCCAGUAGAGUCACCAGCAACCUGAUAUCGACGAUCAGUACGGAUGAGGGCUGGAACGAAACCGAUCGAAUCGUUGUUGCAGGAACUGUAACAUUCUCAAUUGAUAACCUCAUCGGAGUGCCUGCUGGUGUCAUUCCAACGGAGGUCGGAAAAAGCUUGGUCAAUUCCUCAGAGUCCAUGAUCAAGUCGUUGACGCCGCAGGGCAAUCGGAACAAUGUACAGUUUGUGCGUGAACUAGUCGGUAUGGCUGUGCUCUGUCCAGAACCAGGCACUGAUCAAGGCUUUCGUGCAGCCGUAGGUUCAAGUCAAUAUGAGCUGGGAAAUAAUGACACACUAAGCGACGGUAAUGCGAUGACGCUGAGUGUCGACAUACCGUCCUCCACCAUUGCUGGUGCUAGUCCAAAUCCAGACAACUCCUCGUGCCAGCUCGCGAAGCCUAGUUUCGUUGUCUACAGCCGACGUACAGCAGCACUGUUCAAUGAUACCAGCUUAGCCAAUGACACACGGCUUGCAACGGACGUGCUCACACUGAACAUUGGCGAUCGACCCCUGACCGAUCUGGAGCAGCCAGUUCGCAUCGCCUUGCCUUUGAACAUCAAGGGCUAUCGACUGAGCAACGCCACUUGCGUUUUCUGGGACUUUGAGGCAGACGCGUGGUCAGAGGAUGGCUGUGUUACUAUUCGAUCAUCCGGGGAAGCUGUCACAUGUCUGUGUUCUCAUCUGACUAACUUUGCUGUACUUGUGUCGAUAUCCAGCCUACAUCACAAUGGCACUCUGUCGCCAGCAGUGAAAUUCUUGACUAUCAUCACACGUGUGGGCGUGGGACUAUCCAUACUCGGUCUCCUGCUGACAAUGUGGGCGAUCAUUGCCUCCAAAUCGCUAAGAGGGACAACACAUAAUCGCCUGCUGCUCGGUCUGUGCGCCACUUUGCUGGCCAUCUACGCCCUGUUCCUGACGGCCAUUACGGCUACGUCUCGACCAGCCGUCUGCUACUCGGUGGCAAUAGGCCUGCACUAUCUCGUCUUGUGUAGCUUUAUGUGGAUGAAUGCCGAUGCCACGCUCAUCUACAAGAAACUUGUGCGCGUCAUGGCGGUGCAUUCGAAUUCGUUCUUCAGAAACGUGAUCCUAAUGACGCUUGGUCUGCCGUUUGUAGUGGUAGCGUGCACUGCAGGAAUUACACGUCUUGGUGCAUACGGAACGCAGCGAUACUGCUGGAUGGACAGCCCCCUUGCAUUCUAUGGGGCCUUGAUAUUUCCAAUCGCUGUGUCUCUGCUGUACAACAUCGUCGUUCUCAUGCUGGUCGUGAAGUCGCUACGCAAGGGUGUGGAGAGUGUGGGCCAGGUUGUUCAGCGACGCAAAACCACCAGCGCAGCAUUCCUACUGCGCACUAUCGUGUACUUAUCGAUGCUGCUCGGCAUGACCUGGACCGCCGGCAUACUGGUGGUCGUGUACGAUCACGUGGUCACGCAGUACAUCUUCACCGUGCUGAACACUGCGCAGGGCGUCAUGAUCUUCCUGUACGCCAGUCGCGACAAGGAGAUGCGCCGUGUCUGGCUGGACCGCCUUUCCAAACUGCCUGGAGGACGCCGCCGCAGAGCACGCAACAACUACUUGGCCGCUGGUGGCCAUGGUGGCAAACCAAAGGUGUAUGUUCACCACGGCCACAGCUCGUGGAGGCGCAAGAAGAAUGAUAUCCUUCAAGACCAGUUUGGUAGCAACAUUGCCCUGCACCCAAACACCAAUGUCGAAUCAGCUGUUGAUGGAGCACAGCGCAAUGUAUGCAAGCGAUGUAGCAUGUCUCCGUCCGUUGUAACCGCCGGUACACUCUGUUCGACAUGCCACACGUUGGGAUCGCACGGCGGCACACCUAGGGGCUCCACAGCCCGUCCCUCCAUCGUCUCUCUCAGCCCCAGCGUCUGCUUGAGCCAGCGAACCUCUUUGUCGACGCCUUUGGACCAGUGUCCAACGCAGGCCACCGUCUUCUCCAAUCCUUCCCUCGCCGAUAAUGACCACUGUCCAAAGCAUAACCAGGAGCGUCGUCGUUCCAGUAACCUUGAGGUGGAAUCACCACUUGCCAGGCGGGAUGCCAGGGAAAGCCCUUGAACGGGCUAAUCGUAAACACACUCACUCAUUCCAUUCCACACACACAUACACCCACGCGCGCACGCGCGGGCACACACACACAUAUAUAUCCACAUUCACAUAAUGCGCACGCACCCCCACACACACGCACUCUCUCACAUACAUGUACAUGCACACAUACACACAUAUUCACAUAAGCACACACACACACAC